UCCGCAUAUUAUGCAAAUAAUGUUUGUGCUAUUACAUCUCUUUGCAGGUUUGUACAAUCACACAACAACUAUUGCUCAUCAAGAUCAGAACCUUAAUGACCAAACUCAACAUCUAAAUCAGCAAGGAUAUACUCAUCUGGAGAGUGACACAGCGCAUGUGUACGCCACAGUCAACUUGCAAAACAGAGGAGAAGAUGAGGCCACAACAGGAUCUACAACUGAUUUGACAUAUGCUCAACUUGAAUUGAAACCAGGCAAAAAUAAGCACAAAAUCAAUAACAACAGUGGGGAAGAGGACACAGCUACAGAACUUGUGUAUUCAGAACUCAAAGCAGGAGGCAGUACAGGUGAAACAGAUGAACACGUGCCCAGUGAUGUGAUCUACGCUACGGUUAAUAUGGCAGCAAAGAAGCAAAAAAAUAAAGGGCAAGAUCAGCCACAACAUGGCGAUGUGAGCGAUCCAGAAGUCAAUGUUAAAACAAAAGAGCUAAUUACAAAAGGACUGAGAAGAUGAUAGUGGAGCGGAUUUCAGCUUGUGGACGACAAAAGACUCACCAUGGCCUUGCCGAUUUGCACCAGUGUCAGCUUGCCUCCUGUGCGGUGCAUCAACAAAUUAUUCCUCAACAGAAACUCUUUUUCUUAGCAGUUCUCGGAUGUCUAAUCUCCUGUGGUCACACAAUGGAUAUUCCCACAGCCAUGCUGAUUGUGCAGCCACACAAUCGUGUGUCCACUGGAGAGAAAGUCACUCUGAUAUGUGUGAUUGAGUCUGGUGGUGACUGGAGAUAUAGAUGGUACAGAAACAACAUCUCACAUCCAUUCAGGAAGACUAUGCAGAACAAUAUUACAUUGAAUAUGUGUGCAGCUAAUGAAAGCUUGUACUGGUGCCAGGGAGAGGAUUCACCCAACUUCACUUCUCCUAGUAACUCAAUUGACCUUAUUGAAAAGGCUGCUGAUGGCAUAUAUCGGUGCCAGGGAGAGGGUUUGUUCAACUUGUCAUCUUCCAGUAUCUCAGGUCAACAAUCCAACCAGUUUGCAGUGGGUGUGGUCACAGGGGUGGUGGUGGCAUCAGUCUUCACAGUAUUUCUUUUUAAAAUUGGUCCAUAUUGCUUUCUAAGACUGAGAGCAGCUCUGGGAGUCAGACUAAGAGCACCAUCUACGGCUCCCUCUAGUGGGCAGGCUGAGAGAAGCGCUCAUCCAGACCAGCACUGGGCUGAAGAAGUGAGUCGUUAUGUGUAUGCAAAUGAUUGCAUAGAAGAUGGGGCAAGUGGGCCAAAAACAGUGUAUGCCAUGUUGAAGAAGCCCAAUUCUACGACUACAUAUGUUGAAGAAGCCAGAAACCCACAAACAGUGUAUGUCAAGCUGACACCACCCAAGACCACAGCUCAAUAUAAUGAUGCAAGAAAACCACAGACUGUGUACGUCACACUGACACCGGCCAAGAACACAGGAGCCACCGCACCUCUGCCCACCCACUUCCAGGUUGACUGAAGCCGUUCCACCAAUACUGAGGAGCAACACUUCUGCAGAAACGAACUAUGGAGGGGCACAUAUUUUAAUAUCUUCUUCAGUUAUGAACUAAAUUGAUUUGAAUAAAUUGUCAUAUACAGCAAGAAAACCUUUCUAUUAUUAAUGCUUUCUACUAAAGAAGGUGAAUGUAGGCCCCAGCCGUGGCGCGACUGGCUGGGGCACCUGCACCGCACGCCGGCGACCCGGGUUCGAUUCCCGCCCCGUGGUCCUUUCCAGAUCCCACCCCUACUCUCUAUCCCGCUCGUUUCCUGUCAUACUCUCUACUGUCCUGUACAAUUAAAGGCAUAAAA